AGAGGCGACUGACUGAUGGAAGGGUCCGACUCGGCGUCUAGUUUGUCUCCGUAUCCUGACGGCGUGGAAUGUUGUUCGUGAUAUCAAUCAUUUGACUGUCUGGUUCAGAUUGUUUACACACCGCCGUCGUAUAGCUGGAAUAUGGCUGACUGUGUUGUAGACCAAUACACAAACAUUAGCCUUCAAGCUCUCCAUACGCCAUAUGAUGUGGAGGUCAUAUUUAAUACACACUAACUUUGAUGCAUAAACGCUCAAGUACUCGACUGAACCGACUUCUCUAAAGAACUUUGUGUUCGUUUGAUGUCUCUAUCUUAUGGCCCACUUGUUUUUAAAAACAUACUUCAGUGCUCUAAGGCAUCAAAAGGGUCAAGGAUUUUUGUCAUCAACAUUCAAGUUUACAAACAACCCAAGACAGCUGCCGAUGCCUCCAUGUACCCAAAUGUUGGGUCGGACCAGGACGUCAGUGCCCAGACCGUCACACAGGCAUUGGUAGACCGGGCAGAAUCCAGACUAUCCAAUGGACGUCUGACGCGAGUGUCAUCAUGUUACCCACCCAACAGGAUAAUAGACGUGGACCUGGGCUCUCCAUCACGUAACCCUAGAGACAUGGUCAGGUCUGCCCAGCCUGUCCGGACAGCCAUCAUUGACCACGUGCCCACCAGCUCCAGAAGGCGGGGAGGGUUUGACGCCUUGACUCGGACGUCGGUGCCCAUACCGCACCUGUUUGAUGAAAUGACCGACGACAGGAAGUUUACAAGAGUUGACAUUAGCCAUUGGGAAAACCAGGUCAAAAAGGUGGUUCCGAGACGUCCAGUAUUUGUCGUGACAUCUGACUCCGGACCUGCCAACCUAUACGACUGGGACAUCAACGACGACUUCGUCACCGACACCAAGUGUCACUUCUAUCACAGUAAGAAGUAUCAACGUGAUCGCGACUUCGUUAUCAACCCGGAAUGGGUGUCAGAGAGUGUGUCUCUGAAAAGUGGGCCGAAAGCCUACAGGACAUGUCCAAUCAGAUACGGCUGGUGCUCCUGACCACGAGAUCAUGUUGUAUGUUGACCCAAACCUCCAUCCGAACAGUAAUACAAUGUAUAGGAGUUCAUCCAACCCAUCAUUCCUUUUAGAAGACCGAGUAAAUGAAAGCUCUCGUGGUUGAUCACAACAUGGCCGACCCUCACUCCAAC